GUGCUCAGCCAUUAGGUGAUCCCCCACCUUAUUAGAGUCCUAUCCUCUUUGAUACCCGUUUCCCUGUCCCUAAGUCCCCAAUUAGUCUUUCAACAUGCCUCAGGAUUUCAGAUGGAGCUUUAAAGUGAGUUGAAGAAGACUAAGCAGCAGUUGGAAGUCAGAUGGGACAGGAAUUUCCCCUAGUACCUCGUCUCACAAUUCUUUGCCCUGCCUGAGAAGAGCUGGCAUGACCAUGUCUGGUAUUGGAAAGACCUUCCAUUUGAUCACAGCAGCAUGAAAGCUGUGCAUUGGGUGGUAAUUACUCUGUGACUCCAAGCCAUUCACAAUCAGAUUUUCCGUUCUUUGCCCUGCCUGAGAAGGGCUGGCAUGACCACAUCCAACAUUGGAAACACCUUCCAUUUGAUUCGCAGCAGCAUGAAAACUAUGCAUUAGAUGACAAUGACUGGAAGAAGAAGGCGCAUGAAGAACCGCUGUAAAACUUUCCGUAACAUGUGCCAUGCUUCCAGGAAAGGCCAUGUGCAUGUUCCUUUGGUUGUUGUCCAAAUAUCCCAGUUCAAAUAUUGGUUGUUGUCUAGGUUAUGCUCCCGGUGAAAACCACCAAAUAUGGUUGCCCCAUUCAAUUGCAUUGGUUGUAAACCUUGUAAUGCAAGACUAUUGAUUCAUGAUCAAAGUGCUUGUGUAGCAUAUGCAAUUCUCCAUUCAUUUAGUUGAAAGUAUUAACAUUUAAUGAAACAUAUUGUAUAUAAAGAGAUUCAAAAAAUGGAAGAAGUAGAAUGGAGAUGGCAAUUUUCUCAUUGAUGUUAAAAAAUGUAGCUUUUCUAAUUUAUUUUUGCUGGCAUUAUCUGACCAGAGUAGCGUACUUUGGAGCUGGCGUCUUGUUACUGAAAGCGGGCUUCUUGUAAAUGCCACAAACUCGAGUAAAUCAACGUAUGGGGAACAAGAGUUCGUUUAAAAGACCUGCAGAUUCCUCUUAUCAAACUGCCAGAGCUCUGCGCCUGCUCAUGGGGCAUGAAUUCUUCCUCGAAAGCCAUUGUUUGAUGCACUCGAAAUGAUAGUCGUGCCCGCAAUCCAGCUUCCCAAGAAGAUCUCCUUCAGCAUACUCAUCCUGCAAAAACAGGAAAGAAAAAUGUAAAGAUGAGAAGAGAAGACAAUGGCAAAGCACGUAAAAGGAUCAAGAAAUUAAUGUCCACAAU